UCGCUGGGCCUCCCUCGUUCUCAUCUAGUUCAGCUCAGACCCUACUCGAGCGACUUCGGAACUCCUUUAAACAGCAUUGAGAAGCACCUUGCACGCAACCGCCGGAGCAUUCAGUCACCACUUCGCCACCGACGACAACAUGCGCACCACUGCCGCUGUGCUCCCCCUUCUUUUCUCGCUGGCCUCGGCCAGCCCAGCGCCGGCCUACCCAGGCUACCAACUCCUCUGGUCCGAUGGGUUCGAAGGCAGCGCCGGCCAGACACCGGACCAAGGCAAAUGGAACAUCAUCACCAACGUGCGCACAAACAACGAAGUCCAAACCUACACCACCUCCAACGCAAACCUCCAACUCUCAGGCGGCGGCACAGUGCAGCUGAUCCCGCGCAAGGACCCGUCCACGGGCGAAUGGACGUCGGCGCGCAUCGAGUCCCAAUCGACGUUCACGCCUGCCCCCGGAAAAAUCACCAUGUUCUCGGCCGCCAUCCGCUUCGGCAGCCACCCGGCCGCCGCGAAACAGGGCCUGUGGCCCGCCUUUUGGCUGCUUGGCGACGCCAUUCACCACGGAACGCCCUGGCCGCUGUGCGGCGAGCUUGACAUCAUGGAGACGGUCAACGGCCUGCCGACGGCGUACGGCACGACGCAUUGUGGGGCAGGCGGCGAAGGCGGGCCGUGCAACGAGCCGAACGGGCGCGGCGGGACGGUUGGUCUGGCGGAUUAUGAGUGGCAUACCUGGACGUUGCAGGUGGAUAGGACGAAUGCGGGCGGGGAUUGGAGGGGGGAGGUGGUGAGGUGGCUGGUGGAUGGGCAGGUGUUUCAUCAGAUGAGCGGGGCGGAUAUUGGGGAUCAGGGGAUCUGGAGUACGCUGGCGCACUCGCCCAUGUUUGUGAUUUUGAAUGUGGCGGUGGGCGGGAACUGCUACGGCAGUAUGAUGGAGGUCGAGUAUGUUGCGGUCUACUCGUCCUAGAGCGGCGGUUGCUGUUUGGAUUUACAUCGGCGGUUCUCUCUUGGAUACUUGGGGGGGCCAGACCAGCGUUCCUAAUAAAUCAACUAUUCAAAUCAAAUCAAAUCAAAUCAAGCUAGGA